AUGGCACUGCCAUUGCAAGUCCUCUUGGUUUCAUUGUUGCUGCUCAUUGCAGUGCCUGAUAUCUAUGCCACUGUUCACCAUGGUGUGCACCAUGCAGUUGGAUCACGAGGCCAUAAUCGUAUAGUUAUGCCCAAGCACCAUAGGCCAAAGUUCAAGCCUGGCCCGUGGAAGCAGGCCCAUGCAACCUUCUAUGAAGGCGGCCCAGGAUCCUUCGGGGGAGCUUGUGGUUACGAUGAUGUAGUGAAAGAUGGCUAUGGGCUCGAUGGUACUGCAGCAGUGAGCAAUGUUUUGUUCAACACUGGGCAGGCUUGUGGCGCAUGUUAUGAAAUCCAAUGUAUCAACUCCCCUCAAUGGUGCAAACCAGGACAGCAAUCUCUUUUUGUUACAGCGACCAAUCAGUGCCCACCAAAUUACUACGAAUCAAGUGACAAUGGAGGAUGGUGCAAUGAACCACGUGAACAUUUCGAUUUAGCCGAGCCUGCAUUCCUUAAGAUUGCUCAGUACAAAGGUGGCAUAGUUCCAGUCCAAUACCGCAGGGUUCCAUGCCAAAAGCAAGGAGGAAUUCGAUUCACCAUAACUGGAAAUCCUUAUUUCAACCAAGUCUUAGUAUGGAAUGUUGGUGGAGCUGGAGAUGUGGAAAGCUUGCAAGUUAAGGGAAACAAAAAACUGAAAUGGACACCAAUGAAGCGAAGCUGGGGUCAGAAGUGGGAAACAAAUGCAAUGUUAGUUGGAGAAUCACUGACUUUCCGAGUUAGAGCAAGUGAUGGUAGAUACUCAACCUCAUGGCACAUUGCCCCCAAGAACUGGCAGUUUGGUCAGACUUUCGAAGGGAAGAACUUCAAGUAGAAUAUACAAAAACCCCACAUCUUCUUGCUUGAUUGCUUAAAGUUUGGUGCGUCUCUUAUAUUUGCUGGCUAUGAAAAGGUUGUGCCUCAUGGUACAUUUGAGGCAUUCUAUUAUAUUGUAUUCUGUUGUUAGACUUACCACAAAGGUAAGAAAAGAAAAACUAUAAAUAUAGAUGAUUAUGCGAGUGAUAGAGCCAAUAUGAGUGUGGCUUACACCGUAUUAUGAUUUAUGUGUACUAUCACCUG